AUGGCAGUUUUCCCAAACUCCUGCCUCCCCAGAUGUCUGUUCAUCCUCACCCUUCUGCAGUUGCCCAAGCUGGAUGCAGCUCACUUUGAUGUGAUUGGACCCCCGGAGCCCAUCCUGGCCAUGCUGGGCGAAGACGCCGAGCUGCCCUGUCACCUGUCCCCGAACGUGAGUGCGGAGCACAUGGAGCUGCGGUGGUUCCGGAGGAAGGUCUCUCCGGCCGUGUUGGUGCACCGGGACGGGCCAGAGCAGGAGGAAGAGCAGAUGCCUGAGUACCGAGGGAGGGUGACGCUGGCGAAGGACGACAUCUCCGCGGGGCGCGCUGCUUUGAGGAUACAGGGCGUCAGGGCCUCUGAUGACGGCGAGUACCAAUGCCUUUUCAGGGAGAAUGGGAACUACGGGCUAGCCCUCCUGCAUCUGAAGGUGGCUGCUCUGGGCUCUGACCCUCACAUCCAUGUGGAAGUUCGAGAGAGUGGAGAGAUCUCGCUGGAGUGCACCUCAGUGGGAUGGUACCCAGAGCCCCAGGUGCAGUGGAGAACUCCCAAGGGAGAGCAGUUUCCAUCCACAUCAGAGUCCAGGAAUCCUGAUGAAAAAGGUCUAUUCACUGUGGCUUCUUCAGUAAUCAUCAGAGAUACCUCCAUGGAGAAAUUGUCCUGCUACAUCCAGAAUCUCCUUCUUGGCCAGGAGAAGGAAGUAGAGAUUUCCAUACCAGCUACUUCCUUACCAAGUCUGACUCCCUGGAUAGUGGCUAUGGCCGUCAUCCUGAUGGUCCUAGGACUUGUCACCAUUGGGUUCAUAUUUUUCACUUGGAGACUAUACAAAGAAAGAUCCAGAGAGAGGAAGAAUGCAUUGAGCCCUAAAGACAAAGUCCUGGAAGAGCUCAAAUGGAAAAGGUCUCCAUGGCAUGCAGUGGAUAUGACACUGGAUCCAGACACAGCCCAUCCCCACCUCUUACUUUAUGAGGAUUUAAAAUCUGUUCGGCUGGAAGAUUCACGUCGGAUACUACCUGAGAAACCAGAGAGAUUUGACUCCUGGCCCUGCGUGUUGGGCUGUGCGGCCUUUACCUCAGGGAGACAUCACUGGGAGGUGGAGGUGGGAGACAGGACUGACUGGGCAAUUGGCGUGUGUAGGGAAAAUGUGCGAAGGAAAGGAUUUGACCCCAUAAUUCCUGAGAAUGGGUUCUGGGCCUUGGAGUUAUAUGGAAACGGGUACUGGGCCCUCACCCCUCUCCGGACCCCUCUCCUAUUGUCAAGGCCCCUCCACCGGGUUGGAAUUUUCCUGGACUAUGAAUCAGGAAACAUCUCCUUCUACAACAUGACUGAUGGAUCUCACAUCUAUACAUUCUCUAAAAACAUAUUCUUCGGCCCCCUCCGUCCCCUCUUUUGCCUUUGGUCCUCUGGUGAGAAGCCCCUGACCAUCUGCCCACUUGCUGAUGAGCCUGAGAGGGUCACAAUCAUUGCUAAUGCCCAGGACCUUUCUAAGGAGAUCCCCUUGUCCCCCAUAGGGGAAGACUCUGCCUCUGAGGUUACAGACACUUUCCAUUCUAAACUAAUCCCCACCCAACCCAGCCAAGGGGCACCUUAA